GUUUAAUUCAGUGCUAGAAGCUCUAGCUAGGGAUAGAAACUAGCAAGCCUUUCGAGAGUAAGGUCAAUCAUUUUCAGCCAACCAUUCUAUGGAUAUUGCCUGGAUAUUAACAAGGCAUCAAAAACAAGGAGGAAAUUUACCUGCUGAAAGUAUUAUUCAAUAACAACAUUAUUGGACUGGACGCUGGGCAUACAACUUUGGGAACAGGCAAACUGAACAAAAUGUUCUACUCUGUUGCACUUCUUGGUCUACAUAUCAGGGAUUGAUUGAAGAAUUGUUAACACAUCUACUGCCGUAGUCUGCUCAGACCUUCAACGAGUUUGUUAGUAUGCAGUGCCUGAUCAUAACCUGGAUAUGUUUUAUCAUCAUUCACUGAAUCAGGAAACAAGAUUGAGCAAUAGUAACACAAGAAGGAACCGUUACGAAAGUGAAUAAUUCUGAGGAUUGUACAGCAAAGGUGACACUUCAACUUCCUAGGCACCUGAAGAGCACUAUAAUCUAGACUGUUAGCUUGGACAGGACAUGAAGCAGAAUUCACACAUAAAGGUGUUAGGAAACACUUUUGGACCUUCCUGGAAAUGUGAACAACCUUCAAGGAUGAUGACAUCAAUCUUGUGCAGCUGAAAGAAAAAAGUUGAAGUCAUUGCUCUUCUUUCCCGCAACUUUUGUUUAAAGAUAAUCCAACUUUUCUACAUGCCUCAAGUUUUUGAAACCUCAGAUUUUUUCCAAACCCAGUUUGUGUGCACAUCUUGAAAACAACUGUCUAGAAUAUAAAGAUAUUGUUACCUGAUAGAAGUGUCAGAAUUCACAGAGACAGAUAAAAAUGCAUAUGACAUUCUGCUUAGUGGUCAAGUAAAAUACUUUAAAACAAAAUGGAUAGUGCAACAGACUCUUCAACCACUGGGCUGCCUAUGAAAAUAAUAACAAAUGCCACAACUUCUGUCAUGAAAAUGGAUACUGCAGCUGAUACAUCAACAGAUGGAGUCUUUAGUGAUUGGGUGGUGAACUUUGCCGAGGCUCUGAAGGAAAACGCUACUCAGACAUUCCCAACUGGCAAUCAAGUUGAAGAAGCCAAUACUUACUGGAUUUCAAAUGCAUUCAACCCCAUCACUACAGGGCUUUCAACAGACUUUGGGACAAAUGACACGCUACUGAACACUUCAACCCCGACAGGUACGGACACUGCCAUGCCAAACUGGGCAACGUUACUAGCUCUUCUCAUGAUGAUAGUGACGUGUCUAUUGAUCAUCGUAGGGAACUUGAUAGUGCUGAUUGUAUUUCACUACACCCCAGCUCUGAACAAUGCAUCAGGAAUCUUCAUCAAGUCGUUGGCUUGUGCAGACUUGGGUGUGGGCAUAUGCUGCUCUUUCUCAAUACACUCUUGGUUCUUGCAGGAAUGGCCUUACGGAGAUGCAAGCUGUGCCAUCACAGGGUACACUCUGGCAGUGGCUGUAGGGGUUUCUAUCAUAGGACUGGCCUGCCUGAGCAUCGACCGUUACAUAGCAAUCAUGAAGCCUUUGAAAUACUUCACCAUCCUGACUAAGACAAGAGCAAGGAUUAUAGUCAUAGUAGUCUGGUUGAUCAGUGCUGGGAUUUUCCUACCUUCCAUGUUUGGAUGGGGCACCUUUCAUUACAAUGACCAUAGCUACGAAUGUUCACUCCACUGGGAGGAGAAUGUUGCGUUCUCAUUCUUCAUCAUCGCUGUUCUAGUCGUGCCCGCUCUGGUCAUCUCAACGUUCUGCUACGUUCAGAUCCUCAAGGUCAGCUUCGUACAAACUCAUAAGAUUGAACGCUCGGAAAUGAUGUUCAAAUCAGCAAGCCAACGCGAGGGUACCAGAUCCACCUAUGAGCGUCUUCUUGCAAAGAUAUUCUUGGUGAUCAUCAGCGCAUUUUAUGUGACUUGGUUACCCUUCGUGGUGACCAAGACCUUGAGGGGACUGGUAGAUAUCCACAUCCCCCCAGCUGCUAUGUUCUUCUUUUCAUGGCUGGGAAUAGUGAAUAGUUUCCUGAACUGCAUAGUUUACAGCAUCGGACACAGGUCUUUCCGUGACGGAUUCUUUGUUGUGUUACGAAAGACCCGUAGGAAAGCCACCGCUCUGUUCUUUUGUACGUUUACCUCAAACAGUCGGAAAAAGAAUCAUAAAAAGUGGAAGAAGAAAAAUGGGCAUCUGUAUACCAACGGAAAGGACCGGUUUAUUGAUGUACGUCCGAUACCGAUUCCUAUCAUAGAGACCUCCUUAUAGACCUCACUGAGACUCAAGAGGAUCGCUUUGUUUGUGAUGUGAAAUAUACUUCACACUUAUACUCGUACUCAUUUUGAAUGGUACUCAUUGUCUGCAAACAUAUUGACAUUCAUCCAAUAUAGUCCAAUGCUACAUAUACUGCUAUUUGUUGUACACUUUCUGUACUACACAUCUGUAAUAUUAUUGAGUAUCUGAAACUUAAGGUGAUAUACAUGUAUAAUGAAGAAUAACAAAAGUGAUUAAACUUUAUAUUUUGAUGUACAAGUAAAACUUUAAGGAUCCUUACCAAAAGAAAUAGAUGACCAAAAGAAGAAAGAAUGUGUACAACUAUUUUCAGACUAUGUGUAAAAGUUCAAAAUAUACCUCACUUUUCAUAUACAGGAAAGUUAGCACAAAGUGCAUGCCUCAUAGGCCGUCAGUAGUAGGGACAGGCCACCAUUGAAGGGGAAAAAAUGAAAGAGAGGAGAGACUUCUGCAGGCUACGUAUGAUAAACCUAUGAUUAAAUAUAAAACACAAUAUGGGUAUAUGAAUGACUUUUUCUUGUAUCAUCUAGGAGGAAAUACAUGCAUCUUUUUUACAAUGCCAAAUACAAAAGGAGCUGCUGUGAAGGAAUAGGUAUUAUCUAUUACACAAGGUUGCAAGCCCUUUGAAACAAUGGAUAUGAUACAUGCAGCAAGAGGGCAUGACUUAAUUGGCCUAAGCUGUGUAAUUUAUAAAGUGUGUAGGGCAUCACAGUCAAAUGCUGCACGUUGGAACUAUGAAUCAGUCGAGAUAUGACAUUGUGAGGCUGUUGUUGUACCAGCAAUAUAGCAAUAGGAAGUCUUGUGAGAUGACCUCCCCACAUAUUCACUUUGGUGUUAUGAUUCAUACUUGUCAAGAGUACUCUCACCUUUAUCAGGAUCUAUACAUAGAUGGUAGACAGUUAUUCCAAGGGAGAUUUUCAAUUAUCAAAUGAGGCAAUCUUGCCAUAAGGUUAUUACAUUUUUACACCCACUUUGUAUGUAACAGGAGAACAAAAUUGUGGCUUUUAUUUUUUGUUUUAAAAGUUUUUUUAAACAGAUUUGCUUUUUUAUUUGUUUGAAUAACAUCGGAGUGAUUGACUACAGGUUAACUUACCACACAUUUAAAAGCUAAAGGGGACCAUUCAUUAUAUUAGUAAGUAGUAACUUGAGGUAGUGAUGGUUUUCGUAACAUGUCACUGAAACGUUUGGUUUGAUACAGGUACCUUUGUUUAAAUGUUAAACAUGUUCAUAUAAUGUGGGACAUUCAGUCCAAAAAUAAAACCCGAGAUCCCAUUCUGGUUGUAACAAUCAUAUACAGUGUAACCAUAAAAGUUUCUUUGAAAAGUCUCUGUUAACUGUUUUCUUAUAAAUAUCAGUUGAAUAUAGCCACAUAAUGUUAAAAAUGUUUCAAGCUGACUAAAUUUGAUCAAUUUAUUUUUCUAACAUGUUAACAUCUUUGUCAGCUGAUGAACAUAUUGUUUUUAAUAUUAUGAUAGACAUACAUAUAUCUUCCAAAGUUUCACACACUGGAUCACAUGCAUAUUGCUAAACUAGAUACAUGUAUUUCAUUCUUUGCAUCAUUUGUAUGUGAAUAUCUAGAAAGCUGUUUUAAACUGGCAACAACAAAAAAAGUAUUCUUUUGAAGCUCUACAUUCAUAUCACAAAAUGUACAAACUUGUUGCUCCUAAACAGAUUACUUAUAUUUGAUGAUACAGCUGAUUUACAGUAUUAAUAAACAAUUUAUAUUGUCUCCAUUGUGGCAGAAUUAGAUGAUUGUCGAAAAAAGAAAAGAGAGUAUACAAUUGAGAAUAAAGUCAAGAUCCUUUUGUAGAAAGGAUGGAGAAAUUGAAUCAUAAA